AUGGAUCCUGGUCGCUAUGGCCUUCAGCAAGGAUGGGAUAAUAACAGCGUAAUUGUGGCUCUGGAGGGGUAUGGUGCAGCCCACGAGCCUAACUACCGGGUUGGUGGUUCAUAUGAUGAGAGGAGGUUAAUCAAUGACCGGUAUUCAAGGGAUAAUGUCUACCCAAGAAAUGCCUUCCACCGGGAUAUUCUUGAGAGGGAGAACUAUCCCCCACCUCCUGCUGUUGAUGUUUGGCCUCAAUCAAGGAGGAGAAGUUAUGAAGAAGAAUACCCCCUUGAUAGGGAGUCUAGGAGACAUGAGAGGCCGUACUUUGAUUCUUACCAUGAUUUGGAUGGUGUUCCUGAUCGGGAUGGCUACCACAGCAUUGACAACUAUCGUGAUCAUGGAUUUGACAGGCCUUCUAGGUUCGGGGAACGUGACCGUGAUGAUUAUGCAUAUGAUGAUUAUGACUAUAAGUCACGUGCUUCCUAUCAAAAUAGGGAGGAUAGCCGUGAGAGGGAUUAUGAAUAUGGUCGGCAUAGUUAUGAUUCUGAUUAUGAAAGAGGCAGCAGGAGAGAUGGUAGUUGGAGGAGGCGUGAAUCCCGUGAUCGAGAACGUGAUAAGAGAGGUCUGAGUCUGGAAAAAUCUCAGAGUCCACAUAGACGGCAUGACCGAUCUCGGUCCCGUGGAUUUGAUGAUCGUCCUAGAUCAAGGUCCCCUCGAAAUCGAAGUCAUAGCCGAAGUCAACGGGAGGACAGCUAUGAUGAUGGCAGGCAUGAGAGAAGUGAAAGGAGGAGGGACCGUGAAGACAAGAGAGCACGUGGCCAUUAUGACGUGGCCCCAUCUGCAACCGUUGUUGUGAAGGGUCUCUCACAGAAGACUACCGAGGAAGAUCUUUACCAGAUACUUGUAAUGUCUUACUUUACAUUCUUGUUCUGGGCUGAGUGGGGGCCACUUCGCCAUGUUCGUGUGAUCAAAGAGAGGAAUUCUGGCAUCUCUCGUGGAUUUGCCUUUAUUGAUUUUCCUUCUGUGGGAGCAGCAUGUGCAAUGAUGGAUAAGAUUGGGAAUGAUGGUCUUGUUGUUGAUGGCAGAAAGCUUUUCUUUGAGUACAGUAGUAAGCCAACUGGGGGGCAGGUGGACCUUUCGGUCAGGAGAAAUCCAGUCAGCACAGAAACAUUACAGUACCAUCUGACUGGAUGUGCACCAUUUGUGGUUGUGUCAAUUUUGCAAGGCGUACAUCCUGCUUUCAGGCCACUGGCCAUUAGUUUUAUCUGUAAGCACACUUACAGCAAGAACAAUGCCCUGCUGGUGCUGAGCAUGCAUUGCAAUGAGCCACGAACUGAUGAUGCACCAGCAGCUGAUAUGGCUUUAUCAAAUCCACCAUCCUUAGGAAAGAAAGGAUUUGAGGCAGGUCCAACUCAUGUUUUGGUUGUUCGUGGAUUGGAUGAAAAUGCGGAUGAGGAGAUGCUUCGCUAUGAAUUUUCCAAACAUGCUCCAAUUAAGGAUCUUCGGCUGGUUAGAGACAAGUUUACUCAUGUUUCAAGGGGAUUUGCAUUUGUACAUUUCCAUUCGGUUGAGGAUGCUACUAAAGCCCUUGAUGCAACCAAUGGAACCACUCUUGAGAAGAAUGGGCAGAUCUUAAGAGUGGCAUAUGCAAAGAGCAUUCUUGGUCCAGGGGCGUCAGGAUCGUCGCAGUCAAGCAGCUUAGCAGCUGCUGCAAUUGAGGCAGCGGCAUUUGCACAACAGUAUGACGCAGUUGGAUGGGCACCUAAGGAAUAUAACCCAGAUGACAAGCAAUCUGCCGAUGGACAGGAGCAAGCUGGUGGGGAGAUUACAAAUCAAAAGGAUGGUUCUGCUGCACAGUCUGCUUUUGUGUGGGAUGAAGCAUCUGGUUACUACUAUGAUGCUGCAUCUGGCUUCUACUUUGAUGGAAAUACAGUUUCUUUAGACAAGUUCGGGAUUUGGUUCCUUGUUCCUUCAAAAGGUUCUGCAGGAAAAGAUUAUGGUGGCAUUGUGGAGUGGUUGUCUUCUAGGAAACUUUUUCAUGUUUUUGUGACACUUUGUAAGGUGCAAACCCUAGUAGAAAGUUUACAGGCCAUGGAGCUGAUCAUAUCUCCUGCUUGCACGGGAACAUGUUAUGGUCUUUAUUAUGAUGGUAACAGAGGGGUUUGGUACUCAUAUGACCAGCAAACUCAGCAGUACAUCCCUUUCACGGAUAACAAUGACAAUAAAGCAUCUGGUAAACAGUCUGAGAAUUCAAAGGCGUCUGAUGGUUCCAGUAACAGAAAAGUAGUAAUUUCUGCACCGGCUGCAACUAUUACAUCUAUGGAUAAGGCUGCCUCUUUACACGAUGCAGUCCAGGCUGCUGCUACAGCAGCAUUAGCUGCAGAGAAGAAAGAGAAGGAGAGGGCAAAGGAGAUAAAACUUGCUUCAAAGAGCAGUAUUUUGGCUAACAAGAAGAAAAUGAACAACGUAUUAACAAUGUGGAAGCAAAGGAGUCAUGAAGGACAAGCUACCCGUGUGGCUCUUGAUGAUAGCCAUUCAUCUGUUCCAGCUGAUGACAGGCCCUUUUCAGUUGGGCAAUCCACAAAGAGCAAGUUUAAAUCUGAUACAAUAACGACAAAGGAGAACACUAUGUCUAGUUCAGGAGUCAUCACAACCCCAUCUGCCCAAACUACUGGUUUGGAUUCUCCAGUUAAGCUAAGACCUGUGAGCAACAGCUCAAGAGGGACUUUGAUGGGGGUUAUAAGGGGCUCUGGACGAGGUGUUGUGAAGUCUGAUACUACAUAUUCUGGACCUUCUGCUGGAGUUUCUACAUCCAAUGCUGCCAUACCUCUAACCACGUCAGGUUCAUCAACAAAUGCAGAUGCAUCUUCAGUUGCAACUCCUUUUAGGACAGAUGCAUCUGCAUUGGGCUCGUACACACAACCUGUGGCUGCUGGGAGUGGCAAGAGGAGAUUUUCUGAAAUGCCACUGCCUUCUGCUUCUACUCACAAGGAGCAACCACAGAGUGCCUACAGGGAUCGUGCAGCCGAAAGGAGGAGCUUGUAUGGCUCAUCUUCUGUGGGAGAUGAUUUGCCUGAUGAGUACUUUGGAUUCAAUGCCAUUCCCCCUGGUGUUGGAGGAGGACGUGGGAUUGGAGAUGCUCAGAGUUAUGAGGUUAUUACAGCAGACAAGGCACUUGGUGAGAGCAAUGUAGGCAAUCGAAUGCUUCGCAAUAUGGGCUGGCAAGAAGGCUCGGGACUGGGGAAGGAUGGAAGUGGAAUGAUUGAACCAGUUCAAGCCCAAGCCAUAGAUAGUAGAGCAGGACUCGGGAGUCAGCAGAAGAAGUUGGAUCCAAAUCUUGAGGUGCAGGCUGGGGAUAGUUACAAAACACUGAUUCAAAAGAAGGCCCUUGCUAGGUUCCGGGAAAUGUCAUAG